AUGUCGUCUAAGAAAGAUGAACCGAUAGUGGAAACGUUGCGAGCAACGUCAAGCGAGCUAUCCAAAACCAACGAGGACCUAGAACUUCUCGGGCCAAACAAUGUACGAGAGAAGCUCAACCGGUCGUUGACUCCUCGCCAUAUCAAUAUGAUUGCCAUAGCAGGCGUCAUCGGCACCGGUCUGUACCUGGGAACAGGCAAGUCUUUGUCAAACGGUGGACCAGCGUCGCUGUUGUUAAAUUAUGGGAUCAUAGGUAUAGUUGUGUAUCUCACGAUGCUGUGCUUGGGGGAGAUGUCGACUUUUAUGCCCAUUUCCGGAUCGUUCUGCUCGUUUGCCAAAAAAUUUGGCUCGGACUCGCUGGGAUUUUCUCUUAUGUGCAACUAUUGGUUCAACGAUGCAGUAUCAGUGGCCAGUGACCUCACAGCGCUGCAAUUGAUUCUGGACUACUGGAAGGGACCAGAUUCACACUUUCCAUAUUGGGUAGCAUCGCUCCUGUUCUGGGGCUUGUUGCUUCUGCUCAACGUUGUUCAUGUUCGUGUUUAUGGCGAGGCCGAGUACUGGCUUGCAAUGCUUAAGGUCAUCGCCAUCAUCAUAUUCUUCAUCAUCUCUAUUAUCGUCAAUGCAGGCCACAAUCAGCAACACGAAUACAUUGGAUUCAAAAAUUGGACUGUUGGCGACGCUCCAUUUGUCAACGGUUUUAAGGGGUUUGCUGCAUUGUUUGUUUCAUCAAGUUUUGCGUAUGGCGGUACCGAAUCAAUCACACUUACCGCGGGGGAAGCCAAAAAUCCAAUUAGAAACACACCAAAGAUUAUCAAGACGGUGUUUUGGCGAAUUUUGAUCUUCUACGUGUUUACUGCCUUUUUCAUAGGCAUGAAUGUGCCUUACAACUACACCGGACUGAGCAGUAAAUCCAUAAUGACUUCGCCAUUUACGAUCGUUUUCCAAAUGGUAGGGAGCCGCGCUGCUGGCUCCUUCAUGAACGCUGUGAUAUUAACUAGCGUUAUAAGUGCCGGAAACCACGCAUUAUUCGCCGGAUCGAGAGUUUUGUUUAAUCUGGGCCUCGAAGGAUAUUUCUUUCCAAAAUUUAUUACAAAAACCAAUCGAUACCAGGUACCUUACGUGGCUGUCCUCAUCACUUGGGCUGUCGGAGGUUUAUGCUUUGGGUCUAGUUUUAUUGGAGCGGGCACACUCUGGACUUGGCUUCAAAACAUUGUGGGUGUCUCUAAUCAGAUUGCAUGGCUAUCCAUCAGCGUAAUAUCCAUCAGAUUCAGGCGCGGGUUAGCAAAGCAAGGAAAGACUCAUGAAUUGCAAUUCUCAAAUUGGACUUACCCUUAUGGUCCAUAUUUUUUGGUUGUUUUCAUAAGUUUCAUUAUUCUAGUGCAGGGCUGGUCCUCAUUCGCACCUUGGAACGUGGCAGACUUUUUUUCUUACUACAUCGAACUUAUCGUGUUCUUAUUUCUCUGGGCCGCUUGGUGGCUCUACAAGCGCGAUUCUUUUGUCAGAAGUCAGGAUAUGGAUUUCGUUACGGACAAGUACAUCCAACCUGAGGAAGAGGUGCUACUUAAUGAGCAUCUAGACAGUUUGAGAGGCUGGAAAAAAGUGCGGCUCAUAAUGAGCGAAUAUGUUAUGUAA